AGGCACGCGCACACGUUGCAGCUCCUCGCUUUCGGCGCCUCCGGAGUGGUUCGCGCGGCCGGGCAGGCGCACUGACAGGUGGCUCCGCGGACCCGUGGGGAUGGCGACGCUCUGUCUGACGGUGAAUUCGGCUGACCUUCCUCUGGGCCCUUUGCUGGCAGUAGAACAUGUGAAAGACAAUGUCAGCAUUUCUGUUGAAGAAGGGAAAGAGAAUAUUCUUCGUGUGUCUGAAAAUGUGGUUUUCACGGACAUAAAUUCCAUACUUCGCUACUUGGCCAGAGUCGCAACUACAGCUGGGCUCUAUGGCUCCAACCUGAUGGAACAUACCGAGAUUGAUCACUGGUUGGAGUUUAGUGCUACAAAAUUGUCUUCAUGUAAUUCGUUUACUUCUGCCAUCAAUGAGCUCAGUCAUUGCUUGUCUCUGAGAACAUACUUAGUUGGAAACUCCUUGAGCUUAGCAGAUUUAUGUGUUUGGGCCACCCUGAAAGAAAGUGCGGCGUGGCAGGAGCAGCUGCAGCAGAACAAAGCUCCGGUUCACGUGAAGCGCUGGUUCGGCUUUCUCGAAGCCCAGCAGGCCUUCCAGUCAGUAGGUGCCAAGUGGAAUGUUUCAACGGCCAAAGCUAAAGUGGCAUCUCAGAAAAAGCAAGAUGUUGGGAAAUUUGUGGAGCUUCCAGGUGCUGAGAUGGGAAAGGUCACUGUCAGGUUUCCUCCGGAGGCCAGCGGUUACUUACACAUCGGGCAUGCCAAAGCUGCUCUUCUCAACCAACACUACCAGGUUAACUUUAAAGGGAAACUGAUCAUGAGAUUCGAUGACACAAAUCCUGAAAAAGAAAAGGAAGAUUUUGAGAAGGUCAUCCUGGAAGAUGUUGCAAUGUUGCAGAUCAAACCAGACCAGUUCACUUAUACCUCGGAUCAUUUUGAAACUAUAAUGAAAUACGCAGAGAAGCUAAUUCAGGAAGGCAAGGCUUAUGUGGAUGAUACUCCUGCCGAGCAGAUGAAAGCCGAACGUGAGCAGAGGAUAGAAUCCAAACACAGAAAAAACUCUGUUGAGAAGAAUCUGCAAAUGUGGGAAGAAAUGAAAAGAGGGAGCCCGUAUGGUCAGUCCUGUUGUUUGCGAGCAAAAAUUGACAUGAGCAGUAACAAUGGGUGCCUGAGGGACCCGACACUGUACCGCAGCAAAAUCCAGCCUCACCCAAGAACUGGAAAUCAGUACAAUGUUUAUCCAACAUACGAUUUUGCCUGCCCCAUAGUGGACAGCAUUGAAGGGGUCACACAUGCUCUGCGAACAACAGAAUACCAUGACCGAGACGAGCAGUUUUAUUGGAUUAUUGAAGCUUUAGGCAUAAGAAAACCAUAUAUUUGGGAAUAUAGUCGGCUAAAUCUCAACAACACAGUGCUGUCCAAAAGAAAACUCACGUGGUUCGUAAACGAAGGACUAGUGGAUGGAUGGGAUGACCCACGAUUUCCUACGGUUCGUGGUGUGCUGAGAAGAGGGAUGACAGUUGAAGGGCUGAAACAGUUUAUUGCUGCUCAGGGCUCCUCACGUUCAGUUGUGAAUAUGGAAUGGGAUAAAAUUUGGGCAUUUAACAAAAAGCUGCGAGCUCUCUGUAAGAAGGUUAUUGACCCAGUGGCACCACGCUAUGUCGCAUUACUGAAGAAAGAGGUGAUCCCGGUGCACAUCCCUGAAGCUCAGGAGGAGAUGAAAGAAGUGGCCAAACACCCAAAGAAUCCUGACGUGGGCACGAAGCCCGUGUGGUACAGUUCCCGAGUUUUCAUUGAAGGUGCCGAUGCAGAGACCUUCUCAGAGGGGGAGAUGGUGACGUUUAUAAACUGGGGCAACAUCAACAUUACUAAAAUACACAAAAACGCAGAGGGAAAAAUUGUAUCUCUUGAUGGAAAAUUGAAUUUAGAGAACAAAGACUACAAGAAAACCACUAAAAUCACUUGGCUCGCAGAGACUGCUCGUGCCCUCCCCAUCCCAGCCAUCUGCGUCACGUACGAGCACUUGAUCACCAAGCCAGUGCUGGGAAAAGACGAAGACUUCAAACAGUAUGUCAACAGGGACAGCAAGCAUGAAGAACUAAUGCUGGGGGAUCCUUGCCUGAAGGAUUUGAAGAAAGGAGACAUUAUACAACUCCAGAGAAGAGGAUUCUUCAUAUGUGAUCAGCCUUAUGAACCUAUUAGCCCACAUAGUUGCAGAGAAGCGCCCUGUGUUUUAAUCUACAUUCCUGACGGGCACACAAAGGAAAUGCCAACAUCCGGGUCAAAGGAGAAGACCAAAGUGGAAGCAAUAAAAAAUGAGACAACUACUCCUACUAAGGAAAGACCAGCGCCGCCUGUGGCUAAUCCUUGUGCUGCACCAAAGGACCCCCUGGUUCUUUACAAUAGAGUGGCUGCCCAAGGGGACAUGGUUCGUGAAUUAAAAACCAAGAAAGCAGCAAAGGAAGACAUAGAUGCAGCUGUCAAACAGCUUUUGGCUUUGAAGGCUGAAUAUAAGGAGACAACGGGCCAGGAAUAUAAACCUGGAAACCCUCCUGCUAUCGUGGGACAGAAUGUUUCUUCUAAAUCCUCAGCAAGUACCCUGGAAAGUAAAUCUCUGUACGAUGAGGUCGCUGCACAGGGCGAGGUGGUUCGUAAGCUGAAAGCUGAAAAAGCCCCUAAGGCUGAAGUCAGUGAAGCUGUGGAGCGCUUGCUCUCUCUGAAAGCUCAGUACAAAGAGGAGACCGGGAAGGAGUAUGCCCCUGGCCAGCCCCCACUGUCCCAAAGCUCAGAUUCGACUUCAGCCAGAAGCUCUGAGCCUUGUGGUCCAGAAACCCCAGAAGCCAAAGUACUUUUUGACAAAGUAGCUUCUCAGGGAGAAGUUGUUCGAAAACUUAAAGCUGAAAAAGCUUCCAAGGGUCAGGUGGAGGCAGCUGUGCAGGGCCUCCUUCAGCUGAAGGCGCAGUACAAGUCUCUGACGGGCGCCGAGUACAAGCCCGUGUCUGCCGCCGGGGCCCAGGACAAAGACAAGAAAAAGAAAGAAAAAGAAAAUAAAUCUGAAAAGCAGAAUAAGCCUCAAAAACAAGAUGAUGGCUCAAAGAAAGAACCGUCCAAAAACCAAGGCAGUGGGCUGCCCCCCAGCGGAGGAGGAGAAGGGCAGGGGCCGCGGAAGCAGACCAGGUUGGGUCUUGAGGCAAAAAAAGAAGAAAAUUUUGCAGAUUGGUAUUCUCAAGUCAUCACAAAGUCAGAAAUGAUUGAAUAUUACGAUGUGAGUGGCUGCUACAUCCUCCGUCCCUGGGCGUUCUCUAUUUGGGAGUCCAUCAAGGAAUUUUUCGACGCUGAGAUCAAGAAGCUUGGUGUGGAAAACUGCUACUUCCCCAUGUUCGUGUCUCAGGGCGCCCUGGAGAGGGAGAAGACGCACAUCGCCGACUUCGCCCCCGAGGUUGCUUGGGUGACAAGAUCUGGCAAGACAGAGCUGGCAGAACCCAUUGCUGUGCGUCCCACUAGUGAAACAGUGAUGUAUCCUUCCUACGCGAAGUGGGUGCAGUCACACAGGGACCUGCCCAUCAGGCUCAACCAGUGGUGCAACGUGGUGCGCUGGGAGUUCAAGCACCCGCAGCCGUUCCUGCGCACGCGCGAGUUCCUGUGGCAGGAGGGGCACAGUGCAUUUGCCACCUUUGAAGAAGCAGCAGAGGAGGUCUUGCAGAUACUUGACUUAUAUGCUCAGGUGUAUGAAGAACUCCUGGCAAUUCCUGUUGUAAAAGGAAGAAAAACUGAGAAGGAGAAGUUUGCAGGAGGAGACUACACGACCACAGUGGAGGCCUUCAUAUCUGCCAGCGGCAGGGCUAUCCAGGGAGCAACAUCACAUCAUUUAGGGCAGAAUUUUUCCAAAAUGUUUGAAAUCAUUUUUGAAGAUCCAAAGACGCCAGGAGAAAAGCAGUUUGCCUAUCAGAACUCCUGGGGCCUGACCACUCGGACAAUUGGUGUCAUGACCAUGGUUCAUGGGGACAACAUGGGCUUAGUGUUACCUCCUCGUGUAGCCUGUGUUCAGGUGGUGGUCAUUCCUUGUGGCAUUACAAAUGCACUUUCUGAAGAAGACAGAGAUGCUCUGGUUGCAAAAUGCAAUGAUUAUCGAAGGCGAUUGCUCAGUGUUAAUAUCCGCGUUCGAGCUGAUUUGCGAGAUAACUAUUCUCCAGGUUGGAAAUUCAAUCACUGGGAACUCAAGGGAGUUCCGAUUCGACUGGAAGUUGGGCCACGUGAUAUGAAGAGCUCUCAGUUUGUAGCUGUCCGACGGGAUACUGGGGAAAAGCUGACAGUUGCUGAACACGAGGCUGAGACUAAACUUCGAGCUCUUUUGGAAGACAUCCACGCUAACCUCUUCAGCAAGGCUUCUGAAGACCUUAAGACCCAUAUGGUGGUGGCUAAUUCCCUGGAAGACUUUCAGGAGAUGCUAGACUCUGGAAAGAUUGUUCAGAUCCCCUUCUGUGGGGAAAUUGACUGUGAGGACUGGAUCAAGAAGACCACCGCCAGGGAUCAAGACCUGGAACCUGGGGCUCCGUCCAUGGGAGCCAAAAGCCUCUGCAUCCCCUUCCAGCCACUGUGCCAGCUGCCGCCGGGGGCCAGCUGUGUCUGCGGCAAGAACCCUGCCAAGCACUACACCUUGUUCGGCCGCAGUUACUGAGCCUACACCCCACCCCGAGCCCCGACCCUCCGCACUUUUUAAAAAAAUUGAUAAUAAUAUCUCCCCAGAUAUAGACAGUUUUAUGAUUUUUUAAAGUAAAAUUUUGAAAAGGAGGUCACAUGAGAUGAACACCUAUUCUUAUGUCUAAAGUAACAAGCUUUUCUGUAAACAACCCCAGUAAUAAAUAUCAUGA